CGUCCGUGUCCGGUGCUGUGUCAGUCACAUGCCCAACCACCGUUUUACUCGUGCCACCCGUGGAAAUGCAAUGCGGUCAACUUCAUAGUUUGUUCGUUAGGUGGGCAGCAUGUUGAACUGUGUGAGAGGGGCUCGUAUGGACAAAUGUUAUCAUGAAAAUCACGCUAUUGUUCGUUUGGGUGGUGACUCGAGUUUUCUCUUCUCGGCAACAGCUGGCUACCAACUCAGAAAAUCCAUUAUGUCCUACACUGUAGCUGAAACCACAAGACCCCUGCCCUGUGUGUCUGGAAGCCCUCUAGCCAACAGUCAGUGCCACUUUCUUCUGAUAGGACUAAAAAAGCCUCAAGCCCUAAACAAUCAGGGAUGGACAGGUAAAAACUGAGAGGCCGAGAGGCGGCCUUUAUUCUCAAACUCGUUAUUCAUCCUGGUUCUGUAGAGGGACAUGAAAAUAUUCCUGACCUUAACAGUUUCCCCUCAGAAGUUGACUUUUGCCAUAUAAAAAAAUGCCUUUAAACAUCAGAGCCAAGCCCUCGCAGAGCAAGCUGUCUGCUGGCUCAAAGAGUAGUGGGCACACUGAUGGCAACACAUCUCAUUCACGCUUUUCCAGAUCCCCCAAACAGGGGAAAGGCAAACAGGCCGUAAGCUCAGCACCAGGCUCCCGCUCAGGGCUAGAACCAGGCUCUGUGUCAGGGGGUGUGCCUGCACCAGCGACUAAAUCGGCUGUUAGUCAAGGGUCGGUGUCAAGGCCAGGUUCGAAGAUCAAACCUGGUACAGCAGCAGACAAAGGAGUAACUCGUGGCUCAGCAACAGCGCCGGGGGGUAAAACCCUGUCUAUGGAAAACAUCCAGUCUUUGAGUGCGGCCUAUGCCACUUCAGGCACAAUGUACCCCAGUGAGCGGGAUUCCUUGGAACCCUCUGGUGGUUAUCCAAAAGGCACCAUGACACUAGGCAGGAGCACCAGCCGCUCCUCCUACACUAACCGGACAACAGCCAUGGGCAGCAGCCCAAACAUCACCUCCUAUGGGCUGCAUCACCCGUCGGACCCCUAUGGAGACCAAACCUCGCAACCUGCUGGGACUUCCAGUCUCCGGUGCCAGUCUGGGAGACAUGCGCAGGCACUGGAUUCGACUGGGCGAGGAGAUGUUUCCACGUUUGAUCUCCAGGCUCAGCUGAGGGGUCUGCAGAGAGAGAAUGACAACCUGAGGAGAGAACUAGAUGAAGGGAGGGAUGGAAGGACGGGCCCCAGCGUGAACAAUGUCAACUUCUGGAGCCCAGAUGUGAAAAAAGACAAGGGGGUUAGGCGGGAGGAGGGUGUGCGGACCUCAGUUCUGAAGGACCAGUACAGGACUAACCAAGAGGAUUUGCAGCCUGGGGAUAUCAGAAGAAACAAGCAACUUCCGUUGACAGUUCAGGAGCUUCAGGAGGAGCUAAGGGCUCACAGGGAGAUGAACAGUCGCCUGCAACAACAGCGACAGCAGGGGAACUCUGGCUCUUAUCGAGAACUCCAUACGGACCAGGACCACAGGGGGGGGCUCAGCCCUGGCCACAGCCCCAGACAAAGCCCCAGCAACCUGCACAGUCCUGGACCAAAGAACAGCCCGAGAGCCAGCCCAUCCAACACCUAUAAUCCGAGGCAACAGGAAGCUGAUGUCAUCAUUCACAGCCCUGGUUAUGGCUGUAACACUGCAGCAGCUACGAUUAGAAUCAGCCCAGCCAACACCCUUCAGCCUGGGCGGAGGAACAGCCCAAAUCAGCCCAUCUUCAGUCCCAGCCAUGGUCCGGUGGUAGCACCCAGCUCUGGUUCACUCCGACCCUGCAGCCCCUGCCUGGUGCCUGGGUGUGACGGCUUUUCUUCAUCUUCCCCUCUGGAUCCAUCAGAGGAGAAUUUCUUCCGGAUGCAGUCGGAGCAUGAGCGGCAGGCCAAGGAGCUGUUCCUGCUCAGGAAGACCAUGGAGGAGAUGGAAAUGAGAAUUGACUCUCAGAAACAGACGCUGGGUGCCCGGGACGAGAGCAUCCAGAGGCUGCUGGAGAUGCUUCAAGGCCAAGGCCAAAGUCAAGGCCAAAGUCAAGGCCAAAGUCAAGGCCAAAGUCAAGGCCAAAGCCAAGGUCAAGGUCAGGGACACUGGGGUCGGGGGCAACGGACAGGCAUCAUAACCAUGGCGGCACAGGAGGCAGAGGCGCAGCUGGAGAACAUGCAUGUCAGAGAGAACACCAACCCCCCUUUCUGUUUUGAUCCUGACGUUAUCUGGCAGGACACCAAGAUCUCUUCUCUGGAGAGGAACAUCAGAGACUUAGAGGAUGAGGUCCAGAUGUUAAAGACCAGCGGCCUGCUGCACCCUGACGACAGGCAGGAUGAGCUCAAGCAGGUGGAGGUCUACAAGAGCCAUUCUAAAUUCAUGAAGACAAAGGAGCAGGCCAUGUCUCCAUGUGUGUCUUCCAUCAGAAAAGCUCCCAACUUCCUCCUCCCCACCCAACAGCCCUGGAUCACAGAACAAGCAGAAAUAGAGACGCUGAAGCAGGAGCUGAACAGGAAGGAGUCAGAGAUGCAGGCCCUGCAGACCAAACUAGAAACACUGACCAAUCAGAACUCAGACUGCAAGCAACACAUCGAGGUGCUAAAGGAGUCGCUCAGCGCUAAGGAGCAACGCGCCAAUACGCUGCAAACAGAGGUAGAUGCUCUGCGGGUGCGACUGGAGGAGAAGGAGCAGUUCUUGACCAAGAAAACAAAGCAGCUGCAGGACCUGACGGAUGAAAAGAGCACACUGACAGGAGAGAUCAGAGACAUGAAGGACAUGCUGGAUGUCAAGGAGAGGAAGGUUAAUGUCCUGCAGAAGAAGAUUGAGAACCUGUUGGAGCAGUUAAAGGAUAAGGACAAACAGCUGGCUGGGUUGAGGGAAAGGGUCCAGGGCCUUCAGACUGACUCCAGCAACACAGACACUGCCCUGGCCACACUGGAAGAAGCCCUAUCAGAAAAGGAGCGAGUGAUUGAGAAUCUACGUGAGCAGAAGGAGCGGGAGGAUAGGGUUCGGCUGGAAGAGCUGCAACAGAUGAGGAAGGAAAACAAUGAGUUAAAGGACAAACUUUUAGCCCUGCAGCCCCAGAAACUGUCCCAGAGUCAGCCUGCUAACCUCAGCCCAACCCAGAACAAGAGGCCUGAUGCAGAGGUGCCAGCCAAAGUAGAUGGGCUACCAGCAGCAAGCCCCACAACCCAAAACAAAGAAGAAGUAGUGCGGAAUUGUCCAGACAUCACAGAUCGUCUGAGGCUUCUGGAGCAGGAAGUGGCCCGCAACAGAGAGGAAUCUGGGAAGUCACAAGCGGAGGUGGAGAGGCUAAAGGCAGCCCUGAGGGAUGCUGAGAUGGACAAAUCGUGCAAGGAGAAGAAAAUUGCUGAUCUUGAGAGGCAAAUCAAGUCUCCUAACAUCCAGAAGCAGACUGUGGCGGGUGAGAUGAGGAAAGAUGGCAUGACUGAUGGACAUCCACACUCUUUAUCACAGCUUCCUCUUUCAGCUUCCCAGGAUGCCAUGCGGGACACGUCGGAGCAGAUCAGGGAGUUGGAGAGGGCACUGAGGGAGAGCAUGAACACCUCUGCACAUAGGGAGGCUCUCUGGGCGCAAGAGGAGAGCGCCCGUGUUAAGGCCCAGAGACAGUUGGAGGAGCUGAUGGGGGCUUUGGAGAAGACACGGCAGGAGCUGGACGCUACCAAGAUGCAUCUCUCCUCCACUCAGCAGUCCCUGCACGAGAGGGAUGGACACCUUAAUAGUCUUCGCCAGGAGAGACGCAAACAGCUGGAAGAGAUUCUGGAGAUGAAGCAGCAGGCUUUGCUGGCAGCCAUCAGUGAGAAGGAUGCUAACAUUGCCCUGCUGGAGUUAUCCUCCUCUAAACGGAAGAAAGCCCAGGAGGAAGUGAUGGCUCUGAAGAGGGAGAAAGACAGGCUCAUGCACCAGCUCAAACAGCAGACUCAGAGCAGAAUGAAGCUGAUAGCGGAUAACUAUGAAGAAGAUCACAUCCACCCCCAACAUCAUCCUCAUCAUUCUCACCACUUGCAUCCAGCAAACAUGCAUCACCGAAGCCUGCCAAGAGGGCCCGCCCAUGCCAACCACCGACCCCCUAUGGACCAGGAUGAUGAAGAGGGAAUAUGGGCAUGAUGGCCUUCCCCGUGGCGACCCUUCAUCCAUUUGUCCACACUGCUCACAGAGCCAGGUACCAAGAGGUUCAAGAGCUUCAAGUGCAAGCAUACACACGCAACCGACCCAUACCUCCCUACCAUCGUGACCAUCAGACAUACAUAUGAAUAUACACAUAUACUCCAGGAACCACCAUUUGUAUGUAUUGCGGACAAGCUCAGAAUUCAGCCCGGUCAGAAGUUCUCCAUAUUACCGAUAAAUGUCACCUUCACUGACAAAUGCAGUGGCAUCAGUCAUCAGUGUGGGGCUUCAGCGUAUUGGCAUGGAGUCCACUGCCUUCAUUUUCCCUUGCUGUUUUCAAUAGACUGGGAGCUGGAUUCAUCUUACAGUACUGCGGUGCUACAGAGUCCUGGCUUCACAUCAACCGACAAUCAUUCCACCGCUGUCGACUACUAGUGUGGCUAAGCAGAGCCGGUGGAACUAGCCGUAAACCCAUGCCAAUCCCGGACUGGUUUAUGAUGGCAUGAAUGUGUUUACUUCUGCAGCUAAAUAGUGAACUUUUUGUAAAUAUCACAACAUGGACCUCAAAAUCCACAAUCCACAGAGACCUUCUCAAUGUACCGUGCCAAAGGAGACAACCCUGUCUGCGGAAACAAAUUACUGACAUGGGACUGCAUCUGAAUCAUCUGGACUACCCAGUAAGCCGCCCUCAUUUGUUUGACUAUCUCCCACUUCCUGUGGAGAGAUCAACAAGAAAAGGCAAAUUCGGGCUUAAAAUGCCCCACAAACAGUUUGAGGAUCAGCUUACACCUUCUCUAAAAAUCAGAACCUCUAUUAACAGGGAAGGAAACACCGCUGACCUCAAAUCAGCCAGCUUACUGUAAGAACAGUCUGUUUAUAUAUUUCUCCUUGUGUUCUUUUAGCCUGCUGUGCGUUUGUUUAAUUAACCAAUAUCAUGUUCUGUUUGCUUUUCUACAUCCGAAACAGUUUUGAGUGCCACUCUUUUUUCAAAGUUUGAACAGCUGUGUGUGACUUAUUAGGCUGAUGAGUGAUGUAUUAUUUUGUUGUCUAUUUAUUGAUCCUGUGAAUCUGAGUGGCUAAUCUGUUUAUAAUGAAGUGACUUGCAUUUUAAAGCACUGUGUCAUUAUUGUUUUCACUGUACUGGAGGUUGUCCUGAGGUGACGAUGAGGUACAGUAUUGUGUUUUGAAUCAACGGUAUCACAGUAUUUCCACUUGGUCCUUACCUAAUAUGUACAGGUUUUUUUUGUACAAUGUGUGUGCAUGUGUGUGUGGUUUUAUGACUGUAAGGACUGUGAAAGUUUGGGGGUAACCGUAUUCACCCAUGACUUGUUCCACAGUGUUUUGCAGUGGUCAGCUUGUUUCUGUUGUUUGAAUAAAAGUUGUUUUCACAAGAA